GCAUUCCAGCGCUCAGGAGAUUCCUGCCUGGUGGCUCCUGAAGUUGGAGGUGGGCCGAGGGGAGUGGACAGGGCACCCGGAGUAUGGCCUUUGUCACUUGGGGGAGCCAGAAAGGUCAGCAUAGGGACAGACCCUCGUGUUUCCUCAGUACUCACCGUGUGCUCACAACAGGGGGUUUUCAUAUGCAUUCUCUUCAUCAAAAACAAUCCUCCUGGGGGUAUAUGAGUCUCUUUUUAGGAAUGGGGAAACUGAGGCUUAAGUAAUUUAUCCAAGAGGAGCUGCUUCAAGGAAAUAAUCAGCUCAAUUUUAGGCACCCUGAAUUUUAAAAGACCUCUGGAAACCACAGGAUGCUACCCACCUACAGGUGAGGGCUGACAUGAUAAAUUGGGAGGCAUUUCAAUUCAUUUAGUCAGAAGUAUCCCCCAAAAUGCAGUUUCUGGAAGGUCACCUGACCUUUUUGUCCACAGAGAUGCAGUGCAAUACCAAGGCAACUUCUGCACACCAGUUCUCCCCUGCACACCAGGCCCCUCCCUGGGCCACUCAGGUCCUGCUCUGCCCCACCCGGCGCCCUCCGGCCACCCCGCCAGGUGCUGCUUUGGGCUGGUGUCCUCUCCUCCUGAAGCAUUUCAGAUCUCGGUGGAAAUGUCAGUUCCAGCUCCACAGUCACUCCUUCAUCUAGUCCUUUCCUAACAUGCGAUCUAGAUUCUCCAGUUGCCUGAUAACCCAUCACUGGUUUAUCUUCCGAAGUUAUUAAUUGUUGCAUUUCCCGUAUCCGUUUAUGUACCCGUUAUUGUCCUUCCCCUUCUGAAAUAGCAGAUUCAUGAAAGUGGGGCCCUUGUCUGCUAUGUUCCUUGCUGUAUUCCCAGGGGUUGGCCCACAGUGGGGAUCCCAGUAAAUGGCUUUUGUGUGAAUGCAUUUGUUGUGUUUUUCGCUCAAUCCUUCAUCAGUUCUAAGCCAAGUUGAGUCUUUGGUUUUCUCUGCAGCAUCUGCAGCAGCUAGUUGAACCAUGGUGACAACUCCCACCCGGGCUUUCGAGGCCCUCAUGGAUGGAGUGACCAGCUGGAAUGUCCCCAAAGACCCCGUCCCAUGUGAACUGCUUCUUAUUGGAGAAGCCGCCUUCCCAGUGAUGGUGAAUGACAAGGGACAGGUCCUCAUUGCUGCCUCCUCCUAUGGCUUAGGCCGCCUGGUGGUGGUGUCCCAUGAGGGCUACCUGAUGGAUGCUGGCUUGGCUCCAUUUCUUCGUAAUGCAGUGGGUUGGCUCUGUGCCUCACCUGGGGCUCCCACUGGAGUGCACCCCUCCCUGGAAUCAUUAGUAACUAUCCUGCAGGCCUGUGGAGUUCAGGCACAAGUUCAGUCAGACCUGGGCCCCCCCCUGGGGGUUUACUGCAUCAAUGCCUACAAUGAUAAGAUGACUGCAGAGCUGAUCCAGUUUGUGAAACAUGGAGGUGGCUUGCUCAUCGGGGGCCAGGCCUGGUAUUGGGCCAGUCAGCAUGGUCGUGACAACGUGCUGUCCAGGUUCCCUGGGAACCAGGUGACAAGUGUGGCUGGAGUGUACUUCACCGACAUCUAUGGGGACAAAGGCCGGUUCAAGGUUUCUAAGAAGAUACCCAAGAUCCCACUCCAGGUCGGGUGUGGGGAGGUUCUCAGGCAAGAUCAGCAGCAGCUCCUGGAAGGGAUCUCAGAGCUGGACAUCAAGACGGGGGGAGUCCCCUCGCAGCUGCUGGUGCACGGCGCCCUCGCCUUCCCUCUGGGGUUAGACGCCUCGCUGGGCUGCUUCCUGGCAGGCGCCCGCUACGGCCAGGGCCGGGUGGUCCUGGCUGCCCACGAGGGCAUGCUCUGUGCUCCCAAGCUGGGGCGCUUCCUGCUCAAUGCUGUGCGCUGGCUGGCCAGAGGCCAGCCGGGCAAGUGUGGGGUGAACACGGGUCUGGAACACCUGUGUGCCCUGCUGUCGGAGCAUGGCCUGGAGUGCAGCCUGCAGCCCCACCUGACUCGGGGCUUGCGCGUGUACUGCUGCACGGCCUACAGCGACCGGGAGGCCCGGCAGCUGCGGGAGUUCGUGGCCGAGGGUGGGGGCCUGCUGAUCGGGGGCCAGGCCUGGUGGUGGGCCUCCCAGAACCCGGGCCGCUCCGCUUUGGCCGGUUUCCCCGGUAACAUCAUCCUCAACGGCUUUGGCCUGAGCAUCCUGGCUCAGACUCUCCAGGCAGGCCGGUUCCCUGCCCCGACCCCCGAGAUGCGGGGCUACCACUUGCGCAAGGCGCUGUCUGAAUUCCAGGCUGCGCUGAACCACGGGGCUGGGGACUUGGGAAAGCUCUGGCUGGCGAGGCUGGGAGCAGAUGGCGCAGCCUUCCUGCAGAUCCCUGCAGAGGGGGUCCCUGCUUACCUAUCCUUGCACCGACUGCUGAGGAAGAUGCUGCGUCUGUCGGGCCUCCCGGCCGUGAGCCCCCAGCGCCCCGUGGCUAGCGACUCCUUCGAGGCGGCGGUGCUCUCCUUGGCCACCGAGCUGGCACGUGCCGGGACCGACUGCUCCCAGCUGGUGCAGGAGCUUGGGACCUGGACCUGCAGCUCCAGUCCGCACCCCUCAGAACACCCCAUCACCGUGGAGAUUGAUGGGAGCAACCCAGGCAGCUGUGAUUCCUGGGUGAGCACCGGCCUCUACCUGCCACAUGGAAAAAGUGCAGAAGUCUCGCUGUCGGAAGCCGCAGCCUGUGCUGGCCUGAAGGUACAGAUUGGCUGCCACACCGAUAACUUGACCAAUGCCAGCAAGCUGUCUCGAGCCCCUGUGGUGACUCACCAGUGCUGUAUGGACAGGACCGUACAAUCCAUCUCCUGCCUCUGGGGUGGCCUUCUCUAUGUCAUUGUGCCAAAGGGCAGCCAACUGGGCCCCAUAUCUAUCACUGUCAAGAGGGCUGUGCCUGCCCCCUACUACAAGCUGGGUAAAACCUCUCUAGAGGAGUGGAAGAACUGUAUCCAGGGGAGCCUGGCUCCCUGGGGAGAGCUGGCAACGGACAAUAUCAUCUUGACGGUGCCAACUGCAAACCUGCAAGCCCUGGAGAACCCCGAGCCUGCACUCUGCCUCUGGGAUGAGAUGAUGUGUGCUGUAGCCCGGCUAGCAGCCCGGCCUUUUCCUUUCUGCCGUCCCGAGAGGAUUGUUGCUGACGUGCAGAUCUCAGCCGGCUGGAUGCACUCCGGAUACCCCAUCAUGUGCCACCUGGAGUCAGUGCAAGAGCUCCUCAAUGAGGCAGGCAUGAGGAGCACGGGUCUGUGGGGACCCAUCCAUGAGCUGGGUCACAACCAGCAGCAAGAAAAGUGGGAGUUCCCGCCCCACACCACUGAGGCCACCUGCAACCUCUGGUCUGUCUACGUGCAUGAGACGGUCCUGGGCAUCCCCAGGGCUCGGGCCCACCCUGCCCUGUGCCCUCCAGAACGAGAGAAGAGAAUCCGAACAUACCUGGGCAAGGGAGCCCCUCUGUGUGACUGGAAUGUGUGGACGGCUCUGGAAACAUACCUACAGCUGCAGGAGGCCUUUGGGUGGGAGCCCUUCACCGAGCUCUUUGCAGAGUACCAGAUGCUCUCUGGCAUCCCCAAAGACAAGGCUGGCAAGAUGAAUCUCUGGGUGAAGAAGUUCUCUGAAAAGGUGCAGAAGAAUCUGGCUCCAUUCUUUGAGGCCUGGGGCUGGCCUGUCCAGAAGGACGUGGCGAAUAGUCUGGCCUAUCUGCCUGAGUGGCAGGGAAACCCCAUGCGGGUGGACAUGCAUCACUAGGAGUAGACGAAGUGUAGCAAGGUGGCGGAGGGAGAGCAGUUAUGGUCACAACACAAAAUGACACCAACUUUCUCAGGAAAAUGCCCUCAUUGCUGCUCCCCUGUUUAUACUGUCACUGUCACCUACUUGUUUCACCAUCUAAUUCUCCAGCAGAGGAUCUUAACGUCUGUGCAUCUUAAGAUCCUACGGGCUCUUGGCUUCUACUUUUGACCAACAGUUCUUUCUUUUCUUUUUUUAAAGAUUUUAUUUAUUUAUUUGAAGGAGGGAGAGAGCACACACAAGAGAGCAAGCACAAACAGGGGGAAGGGCAGAGGGAGACGGAGAAGGAGACUCUGCUGAGCAGGGAGUCUGAUGACGCAGGGCUCGAUCCCAGGACCCCGAGAUCAUGACCUGAGCUGAAGGCAGAUGCUUAACCACCUGAGCCACCCAGGAGCGCCUUGACCAACAGUUCUAAAGACCAUGAGUUUCCGUAAUAAUCUCAUCCCUGCUGAACUUGAACACGGCUACUAAUUUUUUUAUGCUUUGGGAAGUUCUCUAACAGCAAAAGAGACAGGCUGGUAUAGAGAGCCCUGAGCGGCUUUGGCUUUAUGGAAAAUCUCUUAAGGUCUCUGUACUUCUGUAUUCUCAUCCAUGACAUGGGGAUAAAAGUCUGCCGUUUGAUGGCAGUGAAGUGUUCAUCCACUGCGACACACAUACACAUGCAAGGGCUUUAGCUUUGGCCAGGGCUCAUGGUGGCCUGUGUGUCCAGUCUUGUGUGGACACCCUGAAAACCGAAUCCCACCUCAGAAUUGGCCACCUUGAGAUGGGCAUGCAGUCCUUGUCCGUGUAAGAGUAUUUAAUGCAUAUCAGUGUUGUUCCGGACACGGUACUAAUGAUCCGUACUGAGAUCCUGUUCUGUCUCAUGUCCUUUCUCCCACCGCUGCAAGGAUUCUUGGGUAUGACACAACCCGAAGAAUGGUGUAAACUCAAAACAGAUGAUAUAAGGGGCACCUGGGUGGCUCCAUCAGUUAAGCAUCUGACUCUUGGUUUCAGCUUGGGUCAUGGUCUCAGCGUCAUGAAAUCAAGCUGCCAUCAGGCUCUGCAUUCAGACAGAGUCUCCUGUUCUUCUCUGCUUCUCUCCCUGCUUGCUCUCCCUCUCAAAUAAAUAAAAUCUUUAAAAAGAGAGAGAGAGAUGGUAUAAACUCAAACUGGAUGACAUAGAGCCACUUGGUCUUCUUGGUUAGUUGCACGUUCUAGUACUUUUGUUUCAACCAAAAGUAAAUGUCACAGUAGCAAACGCUACCAUGUCCACCAGCCUGUUUGUUCUUAGCACAAAGCAGGCGACAGACCCUUCUGGUCACUACAGAAUCAAGGCACUGUCUGGUGUUAACAGCAGCCAUGCUGAGAAGUCCACGUGCAUGACAGGCUCCACCUGGGAGCAGGAUUAUAGCAGGCGCAGCAGAGCAAUUAACCCAUAACACAACCUCCCUGAGCUUUCUCAUAAUCCAUUCCAACCCAUCCCAACUCUUUGGCUACGUGGAGUUCUCACUGAAGCUUUGUCUCCAGGAUUAAUGAAUGAGGUGUGGCCAUUUUUCUCUAGCUUGAUUUUGAACCAUAUUUUUGCUGUUUUGAAUAUCAUUCCAUGAGCUGUGUUGAGAGUAGAGUGGCUCCUCAGAAGAACAACUGACUGGUGGAAGUCUUCUUCUGGAUCCCAUCCUCUUCCUCCUGAUUCUAGGAUAAUUUCCUUCUAUUUUAAUCUUAUCCUUUGCCAGGUGCUUUUCACUUGAAAGGGGCUCAAUAAACAUUUGUGAAAAGAAAGAACAGUAAUGACACGUAGCACACAAUGAGCAGUCAGUGUGUCCCAGGCAUUGUGUGGGCUGUUUUCUGAGUCAUCUCAUGGAACCCUCACAACAGACCUUUGAAGUAGGUACUGUUAUUAUCCCCACAUCAGAGUUGAGAAGACAAGACAGAUAUUUAGGGAUAUUAAAUAACUUCUGAAGUCACCAAGCUAAUAAGAGGAAAAGUUGAACCCCCAGGGCUUGAGUGGAACUCCCAGCAAUGAAAAAAAAAAUCAUCCUUGAAGGAUUUAUAAUUAAAACAGAAAUUCACCUAGAAAAGAGAAGCUCAUCAAACUUCUGAUUUGCCUCAUGUUAACUACUGAAUUUUUGUUAAAUAUCAAAGUUAACCUCCCAGAAGGCAUUAGUACCUGAUUUUCUGGUUGUCUCCGCAAAUGAUUAGCCUAUCGGUAGGGAAAGGAUUUGAACCCAGGAAAUUCAACUUCAGAACUGGUAUUCUUAACCAUGAUGUUAAGGAGGAGAGCACAGGUGGUUACUACUGGGUUUAAGAGGUUGCCAUAGAGACAAAGACAAAACCUGACUCUUCCUCAACACUCUGUAGGGGAAACUGGAGCCUUCCCUUCUUACAAUUCUAAGUUCACAAUUACUUGUAACUGUGAGAAUCUCAGGGUAUUCCAUAUUCCAGAGUAUAUUUAAUGCUCACAAGGAUGUUAAUGGAGCCAUGGUGAAUCAUCAAUAAAUGCUGUUUGCCAGGAACUGUUA